AACAACACAAAAACACAACAAUCCUUGGUAUGUUGGAAGAACUGGACAACAAAAACCACAGUUCAACUGGAAUAUAACAACUACAGAAGUUCUCAAAGAACUUGAAGAUAAUUUUAAGCAAAAACUUCUUAAUGUUGGAAAG